CAUUUUGUGUCAUUGUGUCAUGGCCUCCGAAUGGUUCGUAAAAGUCAAAGUGGAAAAUCGCCUAGUAAAAAAUCACGAAAAAGUGACCCUGAUGCUUCUCACAAUAAUGUGAUGUUCACUUCAUAUGCGAAUACGUCUGUCCACAAGAGAAAUUUGUGUAUUGUUUCCUUUCCCAUAAUAUUUUUAUUUGAUAUUUUACGUUCACUGUUGUAUCAAAUUUUUCUUAUUUUACGUUUUGUUUACUGCAGUUCUUCUAAAUAUUUUGUAAGACGUCAGAUAACUGACUGCGAGAAUGGUGAGAGAAGUGAUAGUGUAAUAGUAGAAGAGAUUUCAGAAAUGGCUCAAGCAAGGACAGCAGGUCCCGGACCUGGAGACCCUUUGUUAGCAAAACAAAAACACCACCACAGGCGGGCAUUCGAAUAUAUCUCGAAAGCUUUAAAAAUAGAUGAAGAAAAUGAAGGUCAGAAGGAAUUAGCCAUUGACCUUUAUCGAAAAGGCAUUACUGAGCUAGAACUGGGUAUUGCUGUUCAGUGUUGGGGAGGUCGUGGAGAAGUUUGGGAAAGGGCUCAACGAUUGCAUGAAAAAAUGAAAACAAACCUAGCAAUGGCAAAAGAUAGACUUCAGUUUUUAGAAAGCAUGGAUAGGUUGCAUAAUUUGGAGGUAAAUGAAUCGAAGGAAACUCCUAAGAUGUCUUGUACUAGCAAUAUACCCCAGCCCAAAGUUAAUUUUUCAAAAACAGCUUCUGGAAAGAAAUUAACUGUGGCCAGCAAACGACCUGCCAAUUCUCUUGCCAAAAGCCAAACCUUGCCUCGAUCGAUGGGCUCACGCAGUGCACCAGUUCAGUCUGGCAGAUCUUUCAAUAAAAUAUGUUCCACACCACCUGCUGUCAGAAAACAGUUGUCUGUACCUGGGAAUGCUGGGUCUCCUGCCAGAAGGAUGAAUAAUAGUAAUUUAGCGAGUACCAGUAAGAGCGGCCUUAGGGGCCUUUUACCAUCUCUGAGAGGCGUGGAUCCCAAACUGGCUCAAGCAAUCCUCGAUGAAAUAGUUGAAGGUGGUCCGUCAGUUCAAUGGGAGGACAUCGUCGGACAAGAUACAGCAAAACAGGCCCUACAGGAGAUGGUCAUCUUACCGUCUUUACGUCCCGAACUUUUUACAGGGCUACGAACACCUGCAAGGGGUUUGCUACUAUUUGGUCCUCCAGGCAAUGGCAAAACCUUGUUAGCCAGAGCUGUUGCAACAGAAUGCCGGGCCACUUUUUUCUCAAUAAGCGCUGCCAGUUUGACCUCCAAAUAUGUAGGGGAUGGAGAAAAAAUGGUGAGAGCGUUAUUUGCUAUAGCCAGAGAGCUACAACCGUCCAUAAUUUUCAUUGACGAAGUUGAUUCACUGCUAUCAGAACGUUCAAAUAACGAACAUGAAGCAAGUCGUCGAUUGAAGACUGAAUUCUUAGUAGAAUUUGAUGGACUGCCGAGUAAUCCUGAGAAUGAAAAGGUUCUAGUGAUGGCAGCUACCAAUAGACCCCAAGAACUGGAUGAGGCUGCUUUAAGAAGAUUUCCGAAAAGGGUAUACGUGACUCUUCCAGAUCUGGAUACAAGGGCGAAAUUGUUGAAGAAACUGCUCUCAAAACAAGGUUGUAAGCUGACGUCACAAGAACUUAUAAGAUUGGCAACGCUUACUGAUGGAUAUUCUGGUAGUGAUUUGACUGCUCUAGCCAAAGAUGCUGCACUUGGACCUAUCAGAGAGCUGCAGCCGGAACAAGUAAAGCAAAUGGACCCAAAUUCAAUUCGUAGCAUAACCAUUGCUGAUUUUUUGGACUCCUUGAAACGCAUCAGAAGAAGUGUCUCGCCGCAAAGCCUUGUUGCUUACGAAAAGUGGUCGUUACAGUAUGGUGAUGUGUCAUUAUAAAAUUCACAUUCCAAUUUACUAUGGAUUCAUUUGUUUUUGUUAUCUGUGAUAAGUAUCGUAUUGUUUUUGAUACCAUGUGCGUAGAAACUUGAUAAUGCUCUGUUUAGAUGUAGGUUUUAGAUAGUUAAAUUAAUACCUUUUUGUAAUUAUUGAUUUUAAUUUGUGCUAUUGAAUUUUUAGUUGUUUUCAAAUUUUAAUUUAUCUGUUUCAUUAACUGCACAAAUGCAUCGUCGUGUAUAUAUUCUGGUGAGUUUAUCUAUAUAUUUGUUUUUUUGUUUAUGAUAGCUGUUCUUGUAGUAUUUUGACUUGUUGAUUCACUUGAAAAGUGUUUCUUGUUUUAUUAUUUUUCCACACUAGCUGGCACAAAAAGCAUAAACAAUUCCUUUUGGACCAACACAAAGUGUCUAAAUUUGCAACGCUGCUUCUUUUGAAGAAAAUAUUUAUAAUUCUACUGAUAUUAAAUUUUUUCAAUAUUUU